AUGGGUGUAGUUCCUAUUGUUAACGAGAAUGAUACCAUUUCCGUGAGCGAAAUCAAAUUUGGUGAUAAUGAUACUCUUUCAGCCAUAGCAGCUGGAAUGGUUAAUGCCGAUUAUUUAUUUUUGAUGACAGAUGUUGAUUGUCUGUAUACUGAUAAUCCCAUGACGAAUCCAAACGCUAAACCUGUGGAAGUGGUUGAAGAUGUUAAUGCUUUAAGAGAUAAAGUAACAUUACCUCUUCACACACGAUUUCUCGCCAAAGACAAUCCGAUGUUAGAUCGUAAGUGGUGGAUAUUACAUGGGCUACACUCUGUUGGCACAAUAUUUAUUGAUGAAGGUGCUGUUAGAGCAAUUGCAAAAGUGGGCCAAAAAAGCAGUUUGUUCGCAGCUGGGAUCGUUAAGAUAGAAGGAUAUUUUGUUGCUCAUCAAGCUGUUGAUUUAAAGAUCGAAAGAACCGUAAAGCAUGACGAUAUAAAUGAUGUUGAAGUUGUAAUGAUUGGCAAAGGGCUCGUAAAUUAUUCUUCUGCUGAGAUUUCUAGAAUCAAAGGAUGUCAAAGUUCCGAUAUUGAACAAAUAUUAGGAUAUGCUGAUUCUGAAUGUGUUAUUCAUAGAGAUAAUUUGGUGAUUACGACGAAAAGCGAUAAUUAG